AUGCCCCUUGCCAGCCCUGAUACCCUCCUCACACGUGGCCAUACAAAGUGCCCAGGUGAAGUCCGUCCACUCUGCGCUGCCAAUCAUCACCACACAUCAAUCUCAGUGCGGCCGAGUUGUACACUUGGAAAUCUAGCUGUCAACCAAGAACAACUCGAGAAUCUCUUGCUCUUCGGACCCUUUAGCUUGUAUUACGGCUCUGGAGACAGCGUGCACACCCAGCACCACUUCCCCGCCGGCUGGCUUAACGGAGGAUCUUCGGGUGUUGGCAAAGCAGGAGCGGGACAAAUCAUGAAUUGGUUGAAAUCAAGCAUUGCGAUUGACGCUGGGUCAACCAAGAUCUGUGUGAUGGUUGCGGGUAAUGCUCUUCCACAGUGGAACUAA